AUGUGGUGGCGCGCGCUUGUGGCCGAGGUGCUGGCCACAGCGUUGCUCGUGGGGCUCGGCGCUGCUGCUCUGCUGCCUUCUGGUGCACCAUUAUCCCACCCUGCGCUGGCCUUCGGUUUCCUCGUCGUCGCCCUCAUCGAGGGGUUCGGCGGUAUUUCGGGUGCGCACAUGAACCCGGCCAUAACACUGGCGGCGGCGAUGGCUGGGCGGCUACCGUGGACCGCGGCGCUACCUUACGUCAUAGCGCAAGUGGUAGGCGCCACGCUUGGAUUCGGAGCGCUAAUGCUGCUAUCGCCGUCAGCGUACUUUGCGAACGGGCCAGCGGGCGGAACAGCACCAGGAUCCGGCGUGGGCGUAUUUGGCGCAGCGGUAUUAGAGGCGCUCUUGACGGGAACUUUGGUGUUGACGGCUGGUGGCAUUUGGCGCGCAGAAGAUGCGGGUCGUGUCGAUCCUGCGGCGUCCUUGAAGCUUGGUCUGGUAGUGGCUGGCCUAAUUUACGCAGGCGGGCCUCUCACGGGCGCGAGUCUUAAUCCUGCCCGUAGCUUUGCUCCUGCACUCUUGCAGGGUUUCACUGCCGACCAUUGGGUAUACUGGGUCGGUCCGCUAGGUGGCGCAGCGGCAGCUUCUCUCCUUCAGCGCACUCUUGGCCCGCCCGCACCGCGUCCUGCCCUCCCCGAAGACCUACCCUUACACGACAAAGCCGAGGCAUAA